AUGAAGAAAAUAACAGACUUUUAUGCAAAGAAAUCAGAUUCAGCGACUGACGAAUCAAGGUCUGAAGAAUCUGCGAGUAAUAAUGAAGGUAUUAACGAAGAAAGAAGCUGUUCUGCUCCUCCGAACAAGCUGCCAAAACUCAGCAACCCAGACGAUCAAGCUGGAGUGUCCGGGAUCGAAGAUGUAGUUACAAAAGGCCCUGUGGCUGCCACUUCUGGUUCAACCACAGGCACAAAGAUCGAUUUGGAUACUGUUGUGAAAGCUGCUGAAGGCUCGUGGGAUUCAGCGACUGACGAAUCAAGGUCUGAAGAAUCUGCGAGUAAUAAUGAAGGUAUUAACGAAGAAAGAAGCUGUUCUGCUCCUCCGAACAAGCUGCCAAAACUCAGCAACCCAGACGAUCAAGCUGGAGUGUCCGGGAUCGAAGAUGUAGUUACAAAAGGCCCUGUGGCUGCCACUUCUGGUUCAACCACAGGCACAAAGAUCGAUUUGGAUACUGUUGUGAAAGCUGCUGAAGGCUCGUGGGGUAUUUUGAAGCGAUUAUCGCAGGAAAUUACAGAUGAAAAAAGAAUGCAAUACCUUACGUUUCACUGGAAGCCUUCUGAGUCCGAUAUACUUCAUUCUCAUCAAGUUACCAAAGGAAAGAAGACGUGGAAAGUUUCUUUUCAAUCCAAAUGGCUAAAACAGUUUCCCUGGCUUUGCUACAGUAACUUACUUGAAGGUGGUAUUUGUAGUCACUGUAUCUUAUUCCCUCACAAAGUUACCAAGGGAACAACACCAGGUGUAUUGGUCACAGCACCAUACCAGAAAUCGUACACUAAGGCACUUGGCAAGGAUGGCAUCCUCAACUGUCAUGAGCAAUCUGUGAUGCAUAAAUAUGCAACUGAACAGGCAGACCUCUUCAAACAAACUUUUGAGAAUCCUGACAGGUGUAGAGUAGAUUCCCAGCUGGCGACGUCCGUAGCCAAUCAAGCCACUGAGAACAAAGAAAUUCUACGACAGAUUGUUUUGGCUGUAGAGUUUCUGGCAAAGCAGAGUCUGGCCUUUAGAGGUCAUCGUGAUGAUCGUGUUGAUUUUUCUAGUUAUGAAAUUAACAGAGGAAACUUUGUUGCCCUGCUACAAUUACUGGCGAAAGGAAACGACUCUCUUCAGAAGCACCUCUUGUCAUCAAACAGACAAGCAAGAUAUACUAGCAAAACUAUCCAGAAUGAUGUCAUUCACGUGUAUGCGUCAAAAAUUAAGGAAAGGCUGACAAAAGACCUAAGGACCAAGGACCUUCCUUUCACGAUUAUAGCAGAUGAGUGUGCGGAUCCACACUCAAACCGGGAAAUCUUAACUUUACGCUUGAGGUUUGUGGACCAGUCAACGCCAAACGAUCCUCAUGUCAAAGAAUGCCUAAUUAGUUUCAUGCACUUGGAACGAACAAAUGCCGCCAUGAUUUCAAGAAAGAUUUUGGAAUCUCUCUCUGACCCAUCUAUUUCUUUGGAUCCUAGCAACAUCCGUGGUCAGGCAUAUGAUGGAGCCUCCGUUAUGUCAAGUGGAAAGGAAGGAGUGCAGGCGAAGAUAAAAGAGACCAGUCCGUUAGCUCUUUACACGCAUUGCUAUGCUCACUGCCUGAACCUCUCCAUCGCAGCAACAUGCAAACUGCCAGAAGUGCGAAAUUUGAUAGGCCUGAUUAACGAGGCAUAUCUAUUUUUAAAUAACAGCCCAAAGCGGCAGCAGCUGUUCGAGUUGACACUGAAAGAAUACCUGCCUAAGAAUUCUCACAGCAAGCUUCCAGGUCUUUGCAAGACACGCUGGGUGGAAAGACACACGUGCCUAGAUGUUUUCCUGGAAAUGUAUGAGCUCCUUGUCACCUUUCUAGAUGCAGUUAUUUCCCCCCACGAGUACCCACAUUUGAAAUCGUCUACUGGAAGCUGGAAUUGGGACAAAGAUACUAUCACAAAAGCCCAGGGACUGAAAGCCUCUUUGUUGACAUUCCAGACUGUAGUGGUUUUCAUUACAACCAAGAAUAUUCUUGAUGAAGUUAAAGCUCUUGCAUCAAAGCUGCAGAAACAAAAUCAAGAUAUUUUUGAAGCUUACACGAUGGUUGACGAAGUAAUUGGAAACAUUAACUCUGCUAGAAAAAACAUUGACGUUGACUUUCAAGUCUGGUACAAAGAAAUGUUAGACCUUUCUGGGAAACUAGGAAUCGUUGAAACUGUACCCAGAAAGACUAGCAUACAGAGGAAUCGCUCAAACAUUCCCAGUUCUACUCCAAUUGACCAUUACAAAAAAUCUGUGGCUAUUCCCCUUCUUGAUUCCCUGAUUAUUCAAAUGCAAGACCGAUUUUCUGGCGAGGAUCGCCACGCCCGUCACUUGCUUUAUCUAGUACCCUCAAUCAUAGUUAAUAACUCCCAGGAGCUAUCUGAAGCAGCAAAAGGCAUGUUGUUCUGGGAGAAUGACCAUCCAUUUCCCAAAUCCCUUGGAAAUGAGGUGCGACGAUGGCAAACUAUGUGGCAGUCAGCAGAGAAGGAACUUCCAAACAAUCUUCUAUUAGCACUUGGUGCGUGUGACGAGGAUACUUUUCCAAACAUCCAUCGUCUUCUUCUAAUUGCAUGCACCCUACCAAUCAGUAGUGCGGAAGCUGAGCGGUCCUUUUCACUCAUGAAACGGAUCAAGACCUGCACCAGAUCAACGAUGUCUGAAGAGCGCUUCUCAGAUCUCGCCGUGAUCGCCAUGCAUUACCCGGAGAGAUUCGAAGUAGACGAGAUCUGCGAGGCUUUUGUAAAAGCUCACCCUAGAAGACUAUUUCAGGCUACGUUGUUUGAUUGA